AUGACAUCUAUAGCAGAGAAUCAAAACUUCAAAGUCCUCUUUUCAUUCUUCUUAUUGGUUUUAUUCUUCUCCCAUACUGUUUCCGUGUUCCCAAAAUACAUUGAUCAGAAGAAACCCUGCAAACAAUUUUCCUUCUACUACCACGACAUAAUCUACGAUGGAGGCGACAAUGCUGCAAAUGCCACCUCAGCUGCGAUCGUAAACCCUCCAGGAUUAGGAAACUUCAAAUUUGGAAAGUUAGUGAUCUUCGACGACCCCAUAACAAUGGACAGGAACUACCUCUCAGAAUAUGUGGCUCGCGCACAAGGCUUCUAUUUCUACGACAAGAAGUUGGGCGUCAAUGCUUGGAUCUGCUUGACGUUAGUGUUUAACUCGACGGAACACAACGGGACGUUGAACAUAAUGGGUGCAGACUUGAUGAGGGAGCCGACAAGAGAUAUACCAGUCGUUGGUGGGACUGGUGACUUCUUUAUGGCACGUGGGAUCGCUACCGUUGAGACAGAUGCGACUGAGGGGUUAAGGUACUUCCGUUUAAAGAUGGAUAUUAAACUUUAUGAAUGUUACUAAAUAAUGUGUGUUCUGUUUGAAAACUGUGUGUGGCAAGAGAUAACGUGUUUCUAAUAAGUGUUGUAAUUUUCUAU